UUCCGUCUGCUAACUGCAUACAACGUACGACGCCGCAGCUGGUUCGAUCGACGACUUCAAGCAGAUUUUCGUGACAUUUAUACUGGACAAUAGAUGGAGGGCCCUCGAAUGUAGCCUUGGAGAUGCUUGGCCUUCAAUUCUGCCUUGCCGAAGAUGAAGUUUGAUGAUGAGGAAGUGUUCCUCAUCGGUUUGCACAUACACUCCCCAGCCGAUCACACGUUUGACGGGUUCCGAAGUAAGUCAGGGAAGCAUCUUGUUCACGCAAAUCGAGAGGGCGAGCCACGCUCUGUAGUUGGAAUUCGCAUCGACCCCGGCAAGGCUCCAUCAGCGUUCCUUAGCAGCUUACCGACGCCGUUCAUUGGAUUCAACGAGACCACCGCGUCCUCGACUACUUAACUCAAUCUUUUCGAGCCAUUGCGCGAAGUAUCCAAGUUGACUGAGUUCUGGACAUACAAGGGCAGCCUAGCAAGUCCGCCCUGCAAAGAAGGCAUCUGGUGGUCUGUUGCACGAAGUAUCAUGUAUAUGUAUCGAGCAGAUGCAGCAGAUUUUAUAUGUUAACACGUACAGUGCAGAGUCGAGCAGCAGGUGUGGCAGCAUGGAAUCAACGUCUGGCCUUUAUUUCAGCAAAUCGAUUCCUCACUAAGUCUCUGUGUACAUGACCGUUUCGGCAGUGUUCUGCAACAGGAUCGUGCGAAUAUGCUGUCGCCGUGCGCAGCAUUUAUUCUCCAAUCAGCCAGUCAAGGUGGCGCGAGUUCUUGAUUAUAGACUCAAUGUCCAAUCAUGAUCAUAGCAUAACUUAACACUCACUGCUCACUUAAUAUUAGAAG